AUGGAUAACGAGUGGAAGAACGCAAAGUUGAAAUUAGAAAAUCUUUUCACCGACAGCAAGAUGCGUGGUACAAUCAAAGGUCGACUUUUAAGGAUAGAUAUGAAGAACCGACUUGAAUAUUUCGAAGGAAAUGAAGAAGAAAUUAAAGCUUCCCUUAAUACACUUCUAUUAGAUGAACAUCAAGGGUUUCAGAAAGAAGAUUUAAGAGAGAUUAUAAGAAGUGCUGUUCGUGAAGAACUUUCCCAAAAAAAUCCUGAGGUGAUCUCUGCAUCAAAUCUAUCCGAUAUUAAAAUUAAACAAAUUAUGAAUAAGAUUGGGAUGAGAACUAUUGUUCUAUGUGCGGAUGACUUCAAUUCACUUGAACCCAUAUCGUGUUCUCCAUUCAAAUGGGACGAAAAUAAAGAUGAACCAUCACAAAUGGACAGAGUUGUUAAAUGGUUUAAGGAAGCAUUAAAAUUGCCAGGAGGUUGUCAAGUGAAAGAUGUCCACUCACAAACAAAAAUUCAAAUACAUUUGGAAGGAGCAAAUACUAUUAUAAAAGGUGGUUGUGAUAUUUCCAUCGGCCCAAGUGCAACGCCUGUCGUCUGGAUUGAAACAAAAAUAAAAUUUACAAAUUUCAAAGAAAGCCAAGCCAUGGGAGAAUUAUUUCUGAUUGAUAAACUCCAUCCAACACAUUCAAUGACUGUUCUUACUGAUUGCGGUGACAAUUGGAUCUUAUUUCUCUUCCUGAUAGUAGACGAUGAACAAACAAUGGCGAUUUGUAAAAUCAAUAACCGUGGUGUGGCCUUAGCAGUAAUUAAACAGAUCGUGCUUGAAGAAACCAAUAGACUUAAUGGUUGGUUAGGAAAGUUGGUUACCCACACAACAGUUUCUGUACCUCCUCUUCUUAAGAAAACAAAAUUUUUCGAACGUAUUGAAAUAAAUGAAGAUAGAAUGUCAGAAAUUAUCGAUGAUUUAUCCGAACAAGAAUUAUUCAAUAUGGAUAUUCGCAAUAGACUAAGAUUGUUGAGAGAUUAUGUUGGAUUAGCUGAACAGCAACAAGUGGACCAAUUUAUUAGUCAUUUUAAUGAUGAUUAUGAGAAUUCAUUUCCUCCAAUGUUUGUUUGA